ACUACUACCAACACUUUACGUUUACAAUUACGUCAUUCUUCAUUACUCACUACACACGUUCUUCGCUGUCAAAUGGAUUCCAUUAUUUGACUCCAUGUCCUAGAUGCAUAUGUGCCUUCAAUUUUAUAUACAGUACGUGUAGUGUAUUUUAAAGCUCAUCGUGAAUACUUUACACCUACAACGACUUCGCCUAUUCCAACCAACUGUUGAGGUAUAUUGCUACUUUAAAAGUUUGAACAAGUUUGGUAACAAUGUGCAGUGUUGAUCCAGACGAAAUCACAGAGAUGACUCGUGCCACGGAUGGCUUAGAUAUUAGCAGUGGUAAUGUGAUGUGUAGGAGGUGUAACACAGAAAAAGCUGUCGUUGUAUUGAGGAUUAAGGAUGCUUACUGCAGGGAAUGCUUCUUAUCAUACUUUGUCCACAAAUUCCGAUCUACUAUUGGGAAAUCUAAGCAGAUUCGACCUGGUGACCGAAUUUUGAUUGCUACCUCCGGAGGUACAUCAUCCUCUGCUUUACUGCAUCUUGUAAGAGAAGGAUUGGAUGAAUCUUCGCACAAAAAGUUACGCUUUGAACCAGCUUGCAUCUACAUUGAUGAAAGUUGUCUUAGUGAUAGUCCUGACAUUGGCCCAGAAUUGACCCAGCAAGUUUGUAAGGGAGUCUUGGGUCUGAAGUUUCCCUGUUAUUUGACAUCUUUGGAACAGAUAAUGUCUUCUCAACCACCUGUACCUGUUUUGAUUUCAGAGGAUGAUCCAGUGGAGUUGAACACUAGUUUGGAAUUAAAGGAAAAACUCCAAAAACUCUUGUCAUCUUGUAAGAGUGACUCUGCCAAGCAAGAUCUCCUUGAACAGCUGAGACAAGAAUUGUUGUCGCAGUGUGCUAGUGCUCUUGGUUAUCAGAAGAUAUUUCUUGGAGAUAGUGCCACUGCAUUGUCUGUAUGCAUUUUAUCCAAUGUAGCUCUUGGGAGAGGGUCACAGUUGUCUGACAGAGUGCAUUUUAAAGCACGGCAUAAAGACACGGAGGUAUAUCGUCCCAUGAGAGAACUGUUGCAGAAUGAAAUUCAGUAUUACAAUGAUCUUCACGACAUACUGGCAGUACAAGCUCCAAGUCUGAAAUAUAAGGGUUCAAGCAUCAUAACAUGCACAGAACAGUUUGUAAUGGGUCUCCAAAAAGAGUUCCCUGCCACAAUUCCAACGAUUUUCCGAACUGGAGAUAAAUUAGUAUCUACAUCAUCUGAAAUCAGCAAAUGUUCUACACCAGAAUUAAAUGGCUAUAAUGAAACAAAUUUUUCCUCUAUCUGUGCAAUGUGUGGACUGAUACUUGACACAAUGCAGAGUGAAUCAUCAGCUGUUCAUGCAACAUUGGUAUCACAGAGAUUAUCUUGCACUGUUGCACCUUCAGUAAACCUAGGAGAAAGAUUAACUGAUGCAACAAAUGGUUUAUCUGAACAGUCAUCAUCAACUAGCAGCCCAACACAUCUGCAAACCUCUCAUGAACAUCAUGUAAAGUCCAUUAACUGUUCUUCAGAUUUAUCCAGUAGUGUAGGAACAUCCUGUGAUUGUUCUCAGCAAACAAGAUGUUGUAGCACCAAUAAAGACAAGCAACAGUUAAAUGCCAGUAAUUCAGUUCAUAAGAAUAUUCUUGAUAGCUAUCUAUGCUAUGGGUGCAGAAUCAUAGUAAGGGAAUUGGAAGAAGUCAAUCUCCUACCUGUUAAAAUCCGUGGUUCUGUUGCUGAGCAGGAGCGACUCAAGCGUAUGAGGGAGAAAAUUGAAGAUUUUUUGCUAUAGUAAAUUAGUAAUGAAAAAUUUCUUCGCAACUUUUGAAUAAAUUUGUUUCUUUCA